GAACAACACUAUACAAAGUAACGCAGCGCAUCUCACAUCUACUGAAUAUAACGAAAACACUUUAAAGUGUGUCCUGCUGUGUGUGCACUUAAACUGCGCUAAAGAAAUAUGCGAGAUGGGAUUCAGGUGAAUAUUUGCAUAUAUUCUCAUUGUUUGCAUACAAGCAGGAGUGACUCCAGAUGAAACUACCGAUCAUACUGUCAUAACACAUUCUGUCAUAACAAUGGAGCUCAUUAAAGUGGAAAGUGAAGACAUGAGUUAUUCUGAGCCGUGCAGAGUGAAAGAUGAAGAUACAGAGGAACAGAGAGCAAAAGAGCUCCAGAUCAGAUGAUCAAAUGGCAGGGCCGAUCCUGUCUACAGCCCGAUUUGGUUUGGAUUGGAUUUGGGCUGUUGGUCUGCUGAAACCAAAUUGAACAACUGGCCUUAUUUGGCAUGAAAGUGACUGUUUAUCACCCAAGUAACACCACACCAACACCUACAUAUCCACAAUGAAGCAUGGUGGUUCAAGCAGCUGGGACUGGGGCAGACGGAAGGAAUCAUGUCAAAUACCAGAUUAUUUUGGCACAAAAACUGCAGGCCUUGACGAGGAUGUUUAUCUUUCAGCAUGAUGAUAAUGGUCCACUCUAAAGACAGACCUAGAAAAAUCUGUGGGUCAUUCCAUGUCAACUUAACCAAAGAUUUAGUGCAGGAAGAAAAUAACAGGCUGAAUGAUGUUGUGGAGGAGCACCGUUACAAUCAGAAUUGCUCUGAUUUCAGUCCUGCAGAAAAACAUUUUAGUUGCUCACAGAGUGUCGAGCAUUUGAGCCAAGAAAAGACCAAAGGAAAACAAGCCAAGCCUUCAUUCACCUGCUCCGAGUGUGGAAAGAGUUUCACACAAAAACACUGCCUGACGAAGCACGUAAGAAGUCACACUGGAGAGAAGCCGUUCGCAUGUGUGGAGUGUGGAAAGAGUUUCACACGUAAAGAAAGGCUUAAUUCGCACAUGAGAAUUCACAGCGGAGAGAAGCCGUUCACGUGUCCUCAGUGCGGAAAGACGUUCAGAGACAAAAAAAUCCUUCAGACUCACAUAAGAGUUCACACUGGAGAGAAACCCUUCACCUGCCUUCAGUGCGGAUGGAGUUUCAGACAGAAAGCAAACCUGAACACUCAUAUGUGGAAUCACAAUGGAGAAAAUUCCUUUGCGUGUCAUCGCUGCGGAAAGAGCUUCACGUGCAAGGGAAACCUUAAUAUGCACGUCGUACAAACUCACAGUGGAGAGAAACCCUUCACGUGUCUUCAGUGCGGACGGAGCUUCAAACAGAAAAGCAACCUGAAGAUGCACAUGAGGAUUCACACUCACGAGACGCCGUUCAUCUGCUGUCACUGUGGAAAUACUUUCAAAUGUAAAGCGAGCUUUAAGUUGCACAUGCAGAUUCACUCCCGUGAGAAGCCUUUUACCUGCAUUCAGUGCGGGAAGAGCUUCAUAAUGAGUAGUCAUCUGCGAAGUCACAAAAGGAUUCACACGGGCGAGAAACCUUUCACCUGCCCUCAGUGUGGAAAGAGUUUCACAGAGAAAGGUCACCUGAAGAGUCACAUAAGAACUCACACAGGGGAGAAGCCCUUCGCGUGUCAUCAGUGCGGGAAGAGCUUCCCACGCAAAGCGAGUCUUAAUAUACACAUGCGGAUUCACACGGGAGAGAAGCCGUACGCGUGUGACGAGUGCGGGAAGCGUUUCACACAGUCCAGCAAUCUCAGAAUUCAUCUGCUGUCUCACUCUGGAGAAAAAUCAUCAGUGUGGAACAAGUUGCACGUCACCAUCAGCCCUGAGAAUCCGCUUGAAAAGUCCUGCGAAUGAGAAGCCUUACGUGUGCUCUGUGGAAAGAGGUUUAAAAGAGCACCAGAAAUUCCACACGCAUGUGAAAGCUCCAGUCCAGACUGUCACAGUAAGCGAAACUUCAGUGCAUUGGCUUUAGUGAGGAACGAAUUGAACUGUCUCUAUAAGGGGUGGAAAGACGUUUUGACUUGUUCAACAAACUAAAGGUCUUAAAGGGACAGUUCUUGCCCUCAGGCCAUCCAAGAUGUAGAUGUCUUUGUUUCUUCAGUCGAACAAGUAAAAAAGAUUUUUAGCUGAGCUUAUGCGUCUCAGUUUUUAAGUAAAUACAAGAAACACCUGUGCAGGAAACUGGAUCCCCAGAGGCAGGGUUAAAGACCUCUGACUUGUUAUUGUGAAAUAUUAGUAAUAAAAUAAGGUCAUUUUGUUCAUACCAGUAUUGGUAAUGUACUUUUGUGUAGGGAAUGAAUUAGGUAGUUUAUGUCUGAGUAGGGUACAGCAAUAAUAAUUAUUUAUUUAAUGUCAAAAAGGCGUCUAGCAGUGACAAUUUUCCACAAAAAAAUCUACAUUAACAUUUUUAAAGGGAUAGUUCACCCAACAAUGAAAAUUAUGCCAUCGUUUACUUUUUAAUGCUUCUUUCAUGAUAAUAUAUACUACUAAAUUUCUGUAAAGAAAGUUUAGUAAGUGUCUUUACAGAAUUUUUUUGUAUAUAUUAUCUUGAAAGAGACAUGUUUUUACCCAGUAAAGUUUUUGAAUUUCAGAAAUUUCAGAAACUUUCCAGGGUAGUAAUGUAGAAUUUGUUGUUAUUUAUUUAUUUAUUUUCCCCAAACAGACAAACAAAUGAAAGCCAAAAUAUUAAAUCCAAUAGGUCAGUGUUUACGUAGUAAUUUAUUUUUGUCAAAGUAUGUGCAAAUUACAUUUUCCUUUCGAAAGUUAAAGGCAGAAUGACAGAUUUCACCAUUAUUUGUUCUUCAGUGACCCUCAUUUGGAUUUUACAAAAUGUAACAUUCAACAAUUUGUACAUGGAGCCACAGACCUUCUAACCUCUGUAUAAAAAUAUGAUGCUUUCUGUUUUUAUUCUUGGUAGCUAUAGUUUUGCUUCAAAAUCAUAGGUGAUUGAACAGGAGUGAUGUUUGAAAAUAAUAAAAGUCUGGGUGUAGUGUACACAGCACUGCAUAUAUAUAUUUAUCCAGAUAUAUUGCCCCACUUGUUGCAUAUUUUUAUGAAUGUUUAGGGCUAAAUGUGGUUAGAAA